CUUCUUCUUCUCGUUCACGCCAUUGUACCCGUACGAUGCAGUGUGCGUGUGGCUGCUGAAGAGAAAAUAAGGCUUUUCCCAGUGCACGGAAAAUUGUGUUUCCAAUGUUCUAAAACAGUGUUGAGCACGUUUAGCGUACGGCAACAACGAGUUCGAAAGUCUGCCCCAUCAAUUGGGUGGAAAAGUUGAGUGAAAAAAGCGGUCCACAAUGACGCAGUAUUUACCCCCGAACUUGCUUGCCCUUUUCGCACCCCGCGACCCCAUCCCGUACCUUCCGCCGCCCGACAAGCUGCCCCACGAGAAGAAGUCGCAGGGCUACCUGGGGGUGGGAGCGUUUCUCGACUGUUUUGAGGAUCCGAAAGAUACGCCACCGCCGACGCGCGUCGAAACCCGCGAGGAGCGUGUGGAAAGGCGUCGCAGGGAGCGGGCGGAACAGGUCGCCUACAAGCUCGAGCGGGAGAUUGCCACCUGGGAUCCGAACCAGCUGCUGGAAGCGACGGAGGAUCCCUUCAAAACACUGUUCGUCGCUCGGAUUAACUAUGACACCUCGGAAUCGAAGCUGCGGAGAGAAUUUGAAAUUUACGGUAACAUUAAGAAGAUUAUCAUGAUCAACGACAAGGACACGGGCAAGCCGCGCGGAUACGCCUUUAUUGAGUAUGAACAUGAACGAGACAUGCAUGCGGCCUACAAACAUGCGGAUGGUAAGAAAAUAGACGGUAAGCGCGUACUGGUGGACGUGGAGCGGGCCCGCACAGUGAAGGGAUGGCUGCCGAGGCGUUUGGGCGGCGGGCUGGGUGGUACGCGGCGCGGUGGACCGGACGUUAACAUCAAGCACUCUGGCCGGGAGGACAAUGAGCGCGAGCGGGAGCGGUACCGGCUUGAGCGCGAACGGGAGGAUCGCGAUCGUCGGGAACGGGAUCGACCAGAGAAUAAUCGGUUCGAGCGCCGAAGAUCUCGUUCUCGUGAUCGUGAUCGGCGUCACCGCAGCCGGUCGAAGGAUCGCAGCAGGCGAAGGCGUAGCCGCGAGCGCGAAGUGGACGAUCGUGGCGAUCGGUGGGAGAAGGAGCGGGACCGGGAGCGUGAUCGCAGCCGGGACCGGGACAAGGAUCGCAAGCGCAAGCGUAGCCGUUCGCGGGAUCGCGAUCGGGCGGAGAAAAGCCGCCACAACAAGCGGGGCGACCGUGAUCGGGGCGAGCGCGAUCGUGGUGAACGCGGUGGUGGUGGUGGUGGUGGUGGCGGCGCAUCCGGCAACGGUGGAGCGGAGCGUAAGGAGCGCAAACCGGAGUUCCGGGAAGGGGAGAUCAAGAUCAAGGAGGAACCGAUCGAUGAUUAUCCCGACUACAGUGCCCAGUACUCACAGUACCAGUCGCAGGUUAAGUAUGAGGACGGGGAGGAAGAAAAGUAUCGCCCGAACGAACCUCCUCCACAUCUGCGAGCGGAUAAUGGACGCGGCUACGUUACCGGGAAUGGUGACGAUGACGACGGCGACUAUGACGAUGGCCAGGGCUACUAGCGGGGCUGUAACAGUGUGUAUGGUGAGAACGAACCAGUUCCGGUUUCUCGCUGGUGAUUGUCCGUCGAGACGCGCCUUUCUGAUGCAGCUUCCAGCUUACACACACACACACGAAACGGGAAGGGAGGUGACAUGCAGAAACGAAUUGUGCAGUUUUUUGUAGGUUUAAACGUUCUUAGGUCGUAAUCAUUUCUUCUCCUGCAAACCGUGGCGGUGUGGAGAUAUGCUUCGUGCACAAUACAAGCAGUGCUACGCGGCGUGUUCUACACUAUAAUCUUUAAAUGUACUUUACACUGGGUUGGCGAAACGGCGUGGUCAAAGAAUUGCUUAAAAAUCGCGGGCGCUCAUUAUGUCCGGGCCCGAGCUUAGUGCUACCAGGUAUUCCAAUUUGCGAGGUAAGGUAAGGUCACUUUCUCCGUUCAGGUUGUACGAACAUCGGUAUACCAGUUGUUUGCCCGCCGUGCGUAAGAGGGUUCUCUCGGUGUAAGUUGAAAUUGUUUUAUAUGUGUGCAUUUAAUGUGGUAAGGGGUGGGGUAAAUUGAGGAGCAUACAAUGUGCACCUUCUUGAUAUGCAUCGCGUGUAACACACAUUGGUUGAGCGAAUUCUAAAACGACUGCACCCAACCUAACAAUAUAGCUCCAGCAAAUCGUGUCCAAAUGCCAAACAGUAAGCGCAAUUAAUCGCACACUCCACGUCGGCUCUUAAAUGCAAUAGUUUCCAAACAAACCACGGUUAUGGGCGAGACACAUCACGGCCGAAUUUUCUUGUAGCACUGUGUUUGGAUAGGUAAAUAAAGCUAGAAGUAAAGAAAAAACAA